GGGAGACCAGAUAUAGUGGAUGCAGGGUCCGGGGAGAGCAGAUGUAGUGAAUGCAAGGUCCUAGGAGACUUGAUAUAGUGAAUGCAGGGUCCUGGGAGACCGGACAUAGUGAAUGCAGGGUCCGGGGAGACCAGAUAUAGUGAAUGCAGGGUCCGGGGAGACCAGAUAUAUAGUGAAUGCAGGGUCCGGGGGAGACCAGAUAUAGUGAAUGCAGGGUCCGAGGAGACCAGAUAUAGUGAAUGCAGGGUCCGGGAGACCGGAUAUAAUAUAGUGAAUGCAGGGUCCGGGGAGACCAGAUAUAGUGAAUGCAGGGUCCGGGGAGACCAGAUAUAGUGAAUGCAGGGUCAAGGAGACCGGAUAUAGUGAAUGCAGGGUACGGGGAGACCAGAUAUAGUGAAUGCAGGGUCUGGGAGACCAGAUUUAGUGAAUUCAGGGUCCUGGGAGACCGGAUAUAGUGAAUGCUGGGUCCGGGGAGACCAGAUAUAGUGAAUGCAGGGUCCGGGGAGACCAAAUAUAGUGAAUGCAGGGUCCGGG